UGCAAGAACGUAUUUUACAAUAGAACCGUUUACAGCUCCACUCAGUGACCCUGCCUGGUUUCUGACUAGUGCAUUUCUCACAAUUUUGGGAGAAGGGGGGGGGAGGGCUCCUCCAGGAUUUUAAAAGUCAUCCUUGCAGGGAGUGGGGCCAAUCCCCUCCCUCUGGCCCUGGGGGGGAGUCAUCCAUUUCCUCCAGCUGGCUGCAAUUCCAGUAUACCGUCCGUAGUCCGUAGUGACCCAACCAAAACCAAGAGGGGAGUAGGAGAAAAAUAAGCGGGCACCCCCAACAGCCAGGCGUGCAUGGACCACGGAAAACAGCCGGAGGGAGGAAGGAAGGACGAAGUGUAAGAGGACGUAAGAGAAAGAAAGAGAAUGGGAAACAAGGAGAGUUCGAGGCCAGAGGAAGACAUAGGGUAUAAGGAGUCAAACAGCCUGGCCAGCAUCCCUCCAGAUAGUCCAUUGGGGAGGAUGCUGAAGGAUUGGAAAGGUAAUCCCUGCACCAGGCACAAGAAUAAAAAGAAAAUGGUGAAGUAUUGUUGUUCGGUAUGGACCAGGGAAAGUAUCGGGCCGUCAACCGUCUUCUGGCCAAAGUAUGGAUCGGAAGAGGGCAGGCUGUGCCAGAUGUUGAACAUUUAUGUCUUCAACAAGCUACCCUUCUGCGAGGAGGAAUGUGAUUACUCCUCUUGUUGGGAAGGAAGCGGCAACGUUGGCCUGUUCGACCAUCCGACGACCACGGUGGGAGCUCCAAAGCGGGGGAAGGAGGGAGCCGAGCCUUGGGACUCUUCGACCCAAACCCUUUAUGGACCCCAGGGACAGGAGGGCGCCCCCAGUCUGGCUGUGUGUUUAAUAGACCAGGUGACUGUGGGACCGCGGACUCCACUAGAACUGGAACCAGAACCAAGUUCUAGUGACCCAUCCCAUCCAGGCUUGAGAAGGGAGGUGGGACCGUGUCAUUGGAAACCCUGGGACUUUGUGCCCCCAUCCAUAUAUCAGGGAGGGGAGGAAGCCCCCCGCCUGGCUGCGCAUUUAACAGACCCGGAAAGAGGUCAGGCCACUGUGGGACUGUCGAGUCCAGUAAAACCGACGUUGGAUUCUAUUCAACCAUCACAUCCAGGUUUGAGAAGGGAGGUGGGACUGUAUAAAAAGCCUUGGGACCCCCAGGACUUUGGACCCCCACCUCCAUAUCAGGAAGAGGAGGAAGCUCCCAGUCCAGCUGUGCAUUUAAUAGACCCAGAACGAAGCCAGGCCACUGUGGGACCGUCGACUCUGGUUAAACCGAAGUUGGGCUCUAGCGGACAAUCCCAUGCAGGCUCGAGAAGGAAGGGAGAUAAAAAGGGUGUCCCAAAUAAUUUUCCCUUCCCAGACAAAAAUAGGGAAAGCUCCUCUGUGGGGCGGCAGGACCGAUCCAACGAGGAAAGGUUCCUUCCACGUCAGAGGCCAAUAAGCAGUAGACCACCUGCCUUUGUCGAAGAGCCCUUGACCAGUAGUGAAGUUAUGAGUUUCAAGCAAGAGAUGAAAUCCCUCACUGAAGACCCCGCUGGCCUAGCGGAACAAUUGGACCAGUUCUUAGGAUCCAACCUUUACACUUGGAACGAAAUGAUGUCGAUUUUAAGCAUCCUCUUUUCGCGAGAGGAAAGAGAGCUGAUCACAGAAGCGGCCUUAAAGGAAUGGGAGAAGCGCCAUCCUCCAGGAGUUGGGGCCACGCCGGCGGAGGACAAAGUCCCUAAAGUGGACCCUGGGUGGGUCACUACAAAUCCGCUUCACAGAAUCUAUUUGGGAAACUUCAGGAAGCUUAUCAUCCAAGGGAUCCGGGAGGCUGUCCCAAAUAAUAUGAAUAAAGUCUUGGAGAUAUCCCAGGGAAAGGAAGAAUCUCCGUCGGCCUUUUUAGAAAGGCUGAAAGACCAAGUGAGGAAGUGUUGUGGCAAAAAUGCGGAGGAGCCCGUAGUAGAGGAUUUCCUAAAGGUUCAAUUUGUCACAAAGGCCUGGCCAGAUAUCAGAAAGAAAAUCUUAGAAACGGAGGGCUGGAGUUAUAAAACCUUAGCGGACCUGCUCCGAGAAGCCCAAAAGGUUUUUGUGAGGAGGGAAGAAGAAGAACUGAAGAAGAAAGCAAAAAUGUUGGUGUCCCUUGUCAACCAAGUCGUGAAGGAAACGAUGGAGCCAGCACCGCACAGAGGAAGGGGAUCGUGGGUGAGAAGCAGGGGAGGACCAGGGAGAGGGAGAGGAGGAGCUCCGGGGCCAGGUCCAGACCCUUUUGGGCAACCCUGCUGGACGACCUCGCAGGCAGGGCGUUUCCAUUACGGAAGGGGUGGGCCUUUGAAGUGGGCCCCUCCUGAACUAAAUCAAAAGGUGUGGGACCAGAAAAAAGUCAAAACGACGGGUCCUUUAGCAAAGGAUCAAUGUGCCAUCUGUAGAGAAAGAGGGCACUGGAAAAAUGAAUGCCCUAGAGGAAGGAGGGGAAGGAACUAGCAAAAUGGCUGAAUUUUAAGAAUAAGGGGUGUCGGGGUUGCGGGAGGGGCACUUAUUUUCUGGUCCGGCUUUUCAAGCACGCCUGAUCAACCUUAAAGUUACAGAAUAACAGGAUAACAAAGUUAGAAGAGACCUGGAAGUCUUCUCGUCCAACCCCACCUUGCUUAGGCAGGAA